UUGAAAAUGAGGGUGGCUGCAAGAAUUGGUUUGAUAGUUAUUGGCGUGAUACUGAUAGUUUACAGUCUUAUGUACAUCCCAUUUAUCAGACAGGAGAAGAGUAAUGACAACAGGUUACAAAGGCCAGAAGUUCUGGAGGCUCUUAGAAGACUGAAGAGAAUAGAAGAUCAAGUUGAUAAAAUAGCCAAAUUCAUAGACGUCAAAAACCAAAAAGUCAAAGAGACUGUUGUGAAGCAGAGAAUUGAGGUAAAGAAGUUGUAUCCACAAUCGCCUCUGUUCAGUUCAUGGGGAGCUGAACUCACAGUAGAGGAACAGAUGGAAGCAGAGAGGCAGUUUCAGGAGUACGGAUACAAUGUGUUCCUCAGUAACAGAUUACCAGUGAACAGAACAAUCCCUGAUACUCGAGAUCACAGAUGUGCUGUGAAGAUCUACCCAAAGGACCUGCCAUCUAUUAGUGUAAUUCUGAUUUAUUUAAAUGAGGCUCUGUCAGUCAUUAAAAGGGCAAUCCGCAGCAUCAUUGACAAAACGCCUGCUCAUCUACUAACAGAAAUCAUCCUGGUGGACGACUACAGCUUGAAUGAGGAUCUGCAAAUGGCUCUAGAUGAAUAUAUUAAUCUAAUUAAUAAAGACAAACUUGGCUUAAUCAAGAAAGUGAGACACAAAAGGCAGAUGGGUCUUGCCAAGGCAAGAGUUUCAGGCUGGGAAGCGGCCAAAGGCCAGGUGGUGGCCAUUCUGGAUGCCCAUAUUGAGGUUCACAAGGAAUGGGCAGAGCCACUGCUUGCAAGAAUCAAAGCAGACAGGACAAUUGUGCUUUCGCCAGUGUUUGACAAAGUAUCUUUUGACAGCCUGGAGGUUAUUAAAUAUUACCCCUCUGCUCAUGGUUUUGACUGGAACCUUUGGUGCAUGUACGAGUCUUUCCAGCCAGAAUGGUACAAAAUGAACGACCCAUCAGAACCAGGAAAGAGUCCCUCAAUCAUGGGUAUCCUUGUCGCUGAUCGUCAAUUCCUGGGAGAAAUUGGAGUUUUGGAUGAAGGAAUGACAAUUUAUGGAGGUGAAAAUGUUGAACUAGCAAUACGUGUCUGGCUCUGUGGCGGGAGUAUUGAAGUGGUGCCAUGUUCAAAGAUUGCUCACCUUGAAAGAGCACAUAAGCCUUAUUCACCGGAUCUCAGCAAACCCAUGAUUCGAAAUGCUCUGAGAGUGGCUGAAAUCUGGAUGGAUGAAUAUAAAUCAUAUGUGAAUAUUGCCUGGAAUAUCCCUCUAAAGGAUCAUGGGAUUGAUAUUGGUGAUGUGACUGAAAGAAAACAGUUACGAGAGAAACUCAAAUGUAAGCCCUUUAAAUGGUAUCUGGAAAACGUAUAUCCUUUACUAGACAGAUGGAAAGACAUAAAGGGUUAUGGCGGGUUGAAGAAUGAUCUUCAUGGAGGCUACUGCGUUGAUGAAGGACCUGUUCCUGGAAGUGUACCUAUUCUGUAUGAGUGUCAUUACUAUGACUCUCAGCGUUGUUCCUACAACAGUAAUGGAGAGAUAUACAUUGGAGGAAUCAAAUCUCACACAUAUAACUCCAACCGUUGUCUAACGGAUCCCGGUAGUGGAAGCACACCGGCGUUACAUGACUGUAAACAAGCCAAGGAGAAAGAACUGAGUAUAUACUGGGACUUCACUCAGGGAAAUGCAGUAAGAAAUCGAAAGACAAACCGUUGUCUCGAGAUCGGACAAGGACAGGAUUCCUACUAUCAUCUCAUUUUGCAGACAUGCACAGGACAAAAAUGGACAAUACAACAUGUCAUCAAAGACUUUUAAAAGGUAA